AUGAGUGCCUCCGGAGUCCCCUACGCCGUCCCGGCCAACUACGUGAUCCGCCUGGUCGAAGAACCUCUGCAUGGCGGUGCGCCCGUCACAACCCCCCACACCCAGGAACCCGUGCAACCGCACGCACACCCCUCUCACUUCCAAUUCCCCCGAACAUCUCUGCACGAGGCAACUCUGCAAUCUCACUUCAGCGGUCCGCACGCGGCAGGGAGCGUGGCAGCCCCCAAACCGGCCAACGUAUGGGUCCCCGCGACCGACAUCCGCGAGACCAUGCGCGCAUACCACAUCGAAAUCGAAACCCCUGGCGUCACGGACAAGAACGACAUUGUCAUCCAGUGGAUGAGCCCGCACACGCUGCUAGUCCAGGGCUCCGUCAAGCGACCCAAGAAUAUUGGCCUGUUGGAUCCCAAGCAUGGCGACCGUGUCUGGGAGGGUGAAGGUGAAGGAUGGGCUCAAGAAGCCGGACAUGCGAAGGCCAAAGAUGACUCCGCAGACGGUGGUCCCAUCGAACGCACUCCAUCCCGCGAAACCAUCGAGGCCCAACUCCGCGCCGAUGCUAUUCCUACCGUUCUUUUGGCUGAGCGUAAACUCGGCCCGUGGCGCCGCACUUUUACUCUCCCCGAAGAUGUGGAGAUGAAGGAACUCAAAGCGAGACUUGAUGGUGGUUUGCUUCGCAUUGAUUUACCCAAGAGGAGUCUUGAGGAGGUCGAGCAGUUGAGAGGUGGUGGUAUUCGUAUCGAGAUUGAGUAG